AUGACAGCUUAUUUCUAUUUACAGAUGCAUUUUAAUUUAAUUUCUUUUUUCUUGCUAAUUUUCCUCGUAAUUGUGGAGUCAAUACCUGACCACUAUAAAACUUUAGGAGUUCCAAAGAAUGCAUCAACAAAAGAGAUUAGAACAGCAUACAAAAAAUUAAUGUUAAAAUAUCAUCCGGACAAAACUAAAAAUGAUCCGAUUGCUUUGAGAUUUUCACAAGAAAUAAAUAAUGCUCGUGACAUUCUCACUGAUGAGAAAGAACGGAGAGAUUAUGACAAAAAAUUGCACGAAUCCUUUGGAUCGUCUCAUACAACGCCUGAAGGAGCUUCUACAUCUGGAAAAUCUGAAAGGACAUCUGGAUCAUCUGCAACGCCUAGAGAAUCAUCUAGAGCCUCUGACGGGGCAUCUACAAAGCAUGGAGGAGCUCCUACAUCUGGAAAAUCAUCUGCAUCGCAUGGAGAAGCAUCUUCAUCGUAUGGAGGAGCAUCUGCAACGCACGGAGGAGCAUCUUCAUCGUAUCAAGGAGCAUAUAGAUCAUCUGAUGAAACUUCAUCAGAUUCAUCAGACGAAUCACAAGAAGGAACGUCUUCAAUCGGAAGAUCAUGGCCUUUUACUUUUGGAUCUUGGCUCUUAUCUAAAUUUUGGAGAAAGGAAGGAAGUUCAACAGGAAGUUCAACAUCAAAUUCGGCUAAAAACGAUUUUAAAAUUUUUGUUUUUUCUGACAAAAUUCUUGUCCAAAUCAAUGAUGAAGUUAAACAAGCUGACAAUUUAAAAAUAAAUGGGAAUAUAAAUAAAUUAUUGAUGUUUGGUGAUUAUAUUAAGCAUUACACUUUUGAUCGAGCUGAAAUUAUAAAAGCAAAAUCAGUUGAAAUUGAAGUAAAUGGGGCCUAUGUUUACGUUGAUCAAAAAAAGAUUUCAUAUUAUACAUUUCAUGAAGAAUUUAAAAAAUUAAAACCGACAGGAUAUAUUACAGAUAUAAAUGGUGGAACUAAUAAAAUAAUUGUGAGAUAG